AUGGGAAAGAAGUUAGCUGUUUUGGAAAUCAUCAACACACUUACAGGAAACUCCCAUCAAAGCCUGAAAGCCAAGGUUUUCAAUGACUCGGUUCAUGGUCAUAUUGAAUUUCAUCCACUGCUGGUCAUGAUCAUAGACACGCCACAGUUUCAAAGAUUACGCUUCAUCAAGCAACUCGGCGGUGGCUACUUUGUCUUUCCAGGAGCUGCACACAAUCGCUUUGAACACUCGCUAGGUGUGUGCUACCUUGCUGGAAAGCUUGUCCGCUCUCUUCAACGUAAUCAACCAGAGCUUGAGAUCACAGACAAAGAUAUCCUCUGUGUGCAGAUUGCUGGUCUUUGUCAUGAUCUAGGUCAUGGUCCGUUCUCGCACUUGUUUGAUCUAUUCUUCAUUCCUAAGGUCAGACCUGACUUUAAACACAAGCAUGAACACCUGUCUGUGCUGAUGUUCGAUCAUCUGAUCGAGGAGAAUCAUCUAGAGGCCAAGCUGAAAGAGAAUGGAUUAGAUGGAGAGGAUCUUCUGUUCAUCAGAGAACAGAUUGAAGGGCUACCUAAGGACUCUAGUCAGAAGCAGAACGAUGAUGUGUGGCUGUACAAAGGACGAGGUCGGGAGAAAAGCUUCCUAUAUGAGAUCGUGGCUAACAAAAGGAAUGGCAUCGAUGUGGAUAAAUGGGAUUACUUUGCCCGCGACUGUCUCAACCUUGGAAUAGCUAGCAGUUUUGAUCACAAGAGGUACAUGAAGUUUGCCAGAGUCAUCGAGGUAGACGGGGAUAAACAGAUCUGCAGCAGAGACAAGGAGAUAGGCAAUCUGUAUGACAUGUUUCACACAAGAAAUAACCUACAUCGGCGAGCUUACCAGCACAAAGUAAACAAAAUCAUUGAAACAAUGAUGGUAGAGGCCCUGAUCAAAGCUGAUCCACAUCUUAGGAUCUUCCCUGGAGCCAAUGGGAGAAAGCUGACCAUGUCUGAGUCAUUGGAUGACAUGCAUGCUUACACACACCUGACAGACAGUGUGCUAGAACAUAUCCUCUUCUCACAGGAGAAGGAUCUCAAGGAAUCCAAAGACAUAAUUCAAAAGAUCUUCACCAGAAAGCUCUACAAGUGUGUGGGACAGACACAACCAACAGCAGACACAGAACUAGAGAAACCACUGGAAAUCAGCAAAGCGAUCUGUCUAGCUGUGUCAGAGGAGGAGCUGAAAGGCCCCCAGCUUGACUCAGAUGACCUGGUGGUACAUGUGGUGAAGAUGGACUAUGGAAUGGGGAACCAGAACCCUGUCGACUACGUCAGGUUCUACUCCAAGGAAAACUCGAACACAGCGAUAAAGAUCGGCAAAGGAGAGGUGUCCCAGAUGCUUCCAGAGAAUUUUUUAGAGCGCUACAUCCGUGUGUACUGCAAGAAUCGUGAUGCGGAGAAUGUUGCCAAGGCCGAGAGAUGUUUCGCUGAAUGGUGUGACAAAAAGAAGUUCAGUAAACCAAAGCCUGGCAACUUCCUUGACACAGCAAUGACACUAGUCAAAAAGAGACCUAGAGACGGAACCUGCGGACCAUCUGAAGGCCCAAAAAAAUCUAAAAAGAUACUUGGUAAUACUUACAAAGGUAUGUGAUAGCAAUAUGUCAGUCAAAUACUGUAGUAUCCACCUAUUUUGUUAAGAUAAGAGGUUACUUUGGAAAGACUUAACAGUAGAUCGAUAUAGACAGUUUGGUGUUUGCAAUGUGCUUUCCAUUGCCUAGCAAAGUUAUUUUUAUGAUUUGCAUAUUCUAUAAAAGUAAGAGCAAAAAUUUGGUAACACUUUCAUGACGAAAUAUUGAAUUGGUGCACUUUUGGAUAUACAUGUACAGGGAUUGUAGUCUUUGCAAUUUUGCUGCUAGAUAGUUAAGGCAUGUGUGCUCUGAAUGCGCACGAAGUCGACAUACAUUCUUUUUAACCCAAAUUUGAGCUGCUCACCGAACUUUGAGUAUGAAAAUAAGUUAUUCCUGAAGUUAUGGAGUGGUGAAGUGUGACGUCAUCAAAAAUAAUGUCCGAAUGUCGAAAACCAAUUGAAUAUGUUAAGUAUUGGCUGAGAUAUGACCAUCUGAAUAAAUAGACGUCCUAUGGGAACUCGGUGUUAUAGGGCUGAACCAGAGCACUAUAA